AAGCGUCGUUAUUGUCUUUCGAAGCAGAAUGAGUUCGCGGGAAAAUAAAUGUUUCUCAUAGUAUAAGAUUUUUAUAGUUAGUGUUAACGUUUAGCUAGCCGUAUAUCUAAAAUAAGGAACGUAUGUUGGAUUGUAUAAUUGAUGAGUUUAUCGUUGGAUAGUUUGAGUACGGACAACUUGCAACUAUUGAGAGUCCCGCUUUCAAAGGUGGAACGUUUCGUGGCUAGCUUGCUAGCUACUACAGCGUUAUUGGCACCAAUUCAUUGGUUAAUCGUAGCCAGAAUAAGGAAUCUUUUGUGCCGAGACAAAGAGCUCACCUCUAUUGCUUGCUAGCUAGCUGUGUAACGUUUUAAUACUUGUCGUUUGAAAAUGAGUUUGUUUAAUUUGGACCGGUUUCGUUUUGACAAUAAUAAAGCAACGUCUAACCAGGAUAAAUACAGCGGUUCCGUAAGUCCAGAGUCAGAAAAGGAGAAUAAACCAGCACGAGUAACAACACCUAUGGCCAACCUAGGAAAACCUGGGCGAGGAGUAGUGUUUGAAGAUGUCAUCAGUGACUCUGAUGACGAUUUGGCAAGUGAUUCGAUGAGGGAUAAAUUAACGAAAGUGGUGAAGGAACCAGUGAAGAAACCAGUGAAGAAACCAGUGAAGAAACCAGUGAAGAAACCAGUGAAGAAACCAGUGAAGCUAGAGGUAAGAGAGAUGACUGAGCCAUAUGAUAAGGAAGACCAAGUUGACAAGGAGCUGGACGAGAGACUGGAAAAACUGCAGGAAAUCUUCCCUAACAGAAACAGGAAGGAGUUGCUGGAGGUGAUUGAAAGCACAAGCACUUUAGAUGGUGCCGUAGCCUCAUGCCUGAUGUUUGGUGACAAAGACUCAACGCGGAAGAAGAAACCGGACGGAUCCAGCAGUUGUCGAGACAAAGAUGUGGUCCAGCAGCCCAGCAAGAGGAAGAGAACGUCUCCGGCUGAAGACUCUGAAGAGGAGGGCGCAGAGCCCAGCUGGGAAAGACAGGAGGCCAUGGUUAGGAAACUGCAGAGGAAGUUCUUUGACCAGGAUAAGGAAGAACUCAGGGCUGUGCUCCAGGAACAUGAGUGGAACGUGGCCGACGCCUUGGAGGCGCUUCGCAUGUUCUCUGACCCAGAGGAAUACUCCAGCUCCCCUGAAGUCAAGAAAAAGGAACCCAAAGCCAAGAGCGACACCAAGAGUGACGCCAAGCCGAGCAGAGAGUCCAAGGACGGCAUGGAGGAAGCCAAGCCAAGCAAAGCUUCCCCUCUAAAAUGGAUGUUCAAGAAAUUUGCCCCUGAAUCUAAACCUACCUCCUCCUCAAAUUCGGUGAGCCUGAAGAUGUCCAACGGGACCAGCAUGGCUAAAAUGGAGGCAGUGGAGAGGAAGAGGAAGGCUCACACCUCUGACGAGAGGGCCAGCAGCUCGGAGGACGAGGAGACGGCCAGCAGCGAGUUUGAGGACGAGGACCUGGACUCGGGGGCGGAAGACGUGGGCACAUCCAAGCUCCAAGGCCAGAUCCUGCUCUUCUUCCAAGAGGCCUCGCUGGACGAGCUGUCCCUCAUCGCCGGCUGUUCGGUGAAGAAGGCCAAGAAGAUCGUGGAGCUGCGGCCUUUUGCUUUAUGGAGCAACCUGAAGGAGCUGUUCCAGAAGGAGAAAGGCCUGUCUUUGGUGCUGCUGCUGGGCUGUAGGGUGGUGCUGAGGGAGAGAGCCGUGGUCCAGGGCCUCAUGUCCAAGUGCCAGAACAUCUCGGGCAAGAUGUUGAAGGGAGUCAACCAGGUCAUCGACAAGGACAUGGGCUCCGUGACCCAGCCCUCCAUCCUCAACAGAAAGUUACAAUUGAAACCCUACCAGUUGAUUGGGCUGAAGUGGCUUCUCCUGCUGCACCAACACAAGCUGAGUGGAAUCCUGGCUGAUGAGAUGGGUUUGGGAAAGACCAUCCAGGCCAUAGCCUUCCUGGCCAGACUGUACCAGGAUGGCAUCAAAGGCCCCCACCUCAUCACUGUGCCCGCCUCCACCCUGGAUAACUGGGUUCGGGAGCUAAAGCUGUGGUGCCCCAGACUCAAGGUGCUAGUCUAUUACGGCUCUAUGGAGGACCGGCAGUACCUGCGACAUGACAUCCUUAAUAAUAAGUUGGACUUCAACGUCAUCGUGUCCACAUACAGCCUGGCCAUCGGCAACGACAGCGACCGCAGUCUCUUCCGCAAGCUCAAACUGAAGUACGCCGUGUUUGACGAGGGCCACAUGCUGAAGAACAUGAAGUCCCUCCGUUACCGCCACCUCAUGGCCAUCAAUGCUGAGCACCGGUUGCUCCUGACUGGCACCCCUCUGCAGAACAACCUGCUGGAGUUGAUGUCGCUGCUCAACUUCAUCAUGCCCUCCAUGUUCUCCAGCAGCACCACGCAGUUAGUCAAGAUGUUCUCCAUGAAAUCCUAUGAGGAGCAGAGUUGUUUCGAGAGGGACCGCAUCACCCAGGCUAAACUCAUCAUGAAACCCUUCAUCCUCAGGCGAGUCAAGAGUGAGGUUCUUAAGCUGCUGCCAGCGAAGGAGGAGAAGUUGAUAUUCUGCCCAAUGAGUGAGAAGCAGCAGCAGCUUUACCAGACCAUGGUGGGCAAGUUCAAGAAGUCUGCCAUCGGAGAGAAGAGAGAGCUGUGCAACGUGAUGAUGCAGCUGAGGAAGAUGGCCAACCACCCUCUGCUGCACCGGCAGUACUACACCACAGAGAGACUGGAGGCCAUGAGUGGCCUCAUGCUCAAGGAGCCGACCCAUUUUGAUGCGGACCCAGUGCUGAUCCAAGAGGACAUGGCUGUGAUGUCUGACUUUGAGCUCCACACACUGUGCCAGAAGUACUCGUCCCUGAACAAAUACCAGCUGGACAAAGACCUUGUACUGGACUCUGGGAAGUUUCACCUGCUCCAGACACUACUUGCCACGCUCAAGACCAAGGGAGACCGGGUAGUGCUCUUCAGUCAGUUCACCAUAAUGAUGGACAUCGUAGAGAUUCUGCUCCAACACCUGGGCCACCGCUACAUCCGACUGGACGGCUCCACGCCUAUAGCAGACAGGAUCGUGCUGAUUGACGACUACAACACGGACCCGGAAAUCUUUGUGUUCAUGCUGUCGACGCAUGCGGGCGGCCUGGGUAUCAACCUGACCUCGGCCAACGUGGUCAUCAUGCAUGACAUCGACUACAACCCUUACAACGACAAACAGGCUGAGGACCGUUGCCACAGACUAGGGCAGACCAGGACAGUCCAGGUGAUCAAGCUGAUCCAUAAGGACACCAUAGAGGGCUCCAUGCUGCAGCUGGGUCAGAAGAAACUCAAACUGGAGCAGGACAUGACUGCUGCCGAAGAGGGUGACGAGGGCACCAUACCCGAGGACAUGGCCUCUCUGCUCAAAGCAUCACUGGGCCUGUGAGGAUCUGGGAUCCAGCCUGGAGCAUCACACCCCAGGUGCCACCGAUUGACUGAAACUUGCCACGGAUACUUGAAUCCUCCUCCUGGAACUUUGUGGGUCUCCCUGCUCACACUAUACCCAUGAGACAUAUGACGGAGUCACAGCUGUGCACUUCCAACAGUCUGGAAUAGAGAUGAUAUGAAUGUCUUGAAUGGGUUGUUUGCCCCUGUUGACAGUGGCGUUGAGGCCAUUGGCCACUCUGCAGAACUAGGGGUGUAUUCAUUAGGAACCAAACGAAAGCAAAAGGGCCAAAACGGGGAAGGACUAACCUGAACUUGUCCAUUUAAGAAAUGCUUGUUUUUGUUGCAAAAUAUUUUGCUAUGGUUGUAGUGUAAAACCCAUGUCGUAGUGUAAAACCCAUUGUCAAAGCUGUUACUUGGCUGUUUGUAUUUUUUUUGUAUGUCCCUGUUGCGACAUCAACAGGGUUUGUCGAAACAUUAAAUAAAGAUUUUAAUAUUUA